UAUGGUUAUCAUCAUUCUCCACUUGCUGGCGUUCUCUCGGUUAAGAUGGCGACUAGUCCCAAAAGACCCUCACUGGGGGCUGUAGCCCCUCGUAAAAAAGCCAGCCCAAAGCCUGAACUGACAGAAGAGCAAAAGCAGGAAAUCCGUGAGGCGUUUGAGCUCUUUGACACUGAUGGCUCUGGUUAUAUUGAGGUGAAGGAGUUAAAGGUGGCCAUGAGAGCGCUGGGCUUCGAGCCUAAAAAGGAGGAGAUCAAGAAAAUGAUUGCAGAGGUUGAUAGAGACGCUACGGGAAAGAUCUCUUUCACUGACUUUCUGUCAGUGAUGACCCAGAAAAUGGCUGAAAAAGACUCUAAAGAGGAAAUUCUCAAGGCUUUUCGGUUGUUUGACGAUGAUGAGACUGGGAAAAUAUCUUUCCGCAAUCUAAAGCGAGUGGCGAAGGAACUCGGAGAGAACCUCACAGACGAGGAGCUACAGGAAAUGAUUGACGAAGCAGACCGAGAUGGCGAUGGAGAAGUAAACCAGCAGGAAUUUCUUCGCAUUAUGAAGAAAACAAGUUUGUACUGAAUGUUAUCUGAAGCACAUCAACUUCUACGUAAACAUCUUUUUUUUCAUAUGAUUUCACACUUUUGUGCACAAUACCAUUCCAAAAACCUUGAUGCCUGUCGACCCCAGUGGUAAUUUCAAAUCCGCUUGGGUUUGCCAAAUAGCAACACGUCAGCUGUUUACACUAUAUAUUCUCAAAUAUGAUCAGUAAAGAUAUAAAAAGUAGCAUAUAAACACAGGUUGUAGUGAUGAAGUCAUUUAUUGAUGCUUUAUGUUGAUAAAUAUUACCCAGAAAGAACAUUUUUGUGGGGUCAUGAUUUAAAAUAAAUUAAAUAAUUAAAAAAAAAUACUUUUCCAUAAAAGCUUAUUUGUUGAUCAGAGAUUAAUGACUAUCCCAAAACUCUUUCAAAUAUCCAAGUCUGAAUUACUACUAAAAAUCUAUAUACAGAUGAAGACAAAAUUAUUAACCCUCCUGUGAAAUUUUUGUUGUAGUUUUUUUUUUCUCCCCAAACUUCUUUCUUUCUUCUGGAGGAGGUCUUAUUUCUUUUAGUUUGGCUGGAAUAUAGCCGGAAUAUAUAUAUUUUCUUUAUUUAAAAUGGUUACGGUGAAUAUUACUAGCACCCUUAAGAAAUAUUUUUAAUGAUGAACAACCUGAGCAAACCACUGUUGUCCAAUGACUUCCCUAAUUAACCUAGUAAAGCCUUUAAACUGCAACUUAAGCUUAAUACUAUUAUCUUGCAAAAAACCUAGUAAAAUAUUAUGUUUUGUCGUCAUAGCAAAGACAAAAGAAAUUAAUAAUCUAUUGCUUAAAAAUGUGUUUAUCUGUUGUAAAAAAAUAUAAUAAAAUUAACAAAAGAAAUUCACAGAUGGGCUAAUUUUUUUUCCAACUGUAUACAUAUUGAUGAAAAAGUCAGUAAUGAGAAGGUAUGGAGAAAAAUAUUCAACACAUCAGUGCACUGCUUCAUUUGAAAAUACAAUACGAAUGAAAAAUGAAGGAAUGAAACAACCCCAAAAAUAGACAUUUUAUGUCAAAUAUAUAUUUUUACGUUCCUGCCUUAUGGUUUGUAAAAGUUUUUAUGAGUGGUAUAGAGCUCAUUAAACAGUCGAACACACUGUUGAAGGAUUAUUAAAAGUUUACACUCCCUUCGGUUGACUUUAGCAUCAGUGCUCACUGCGCUUUCAGGGACGUCUGUACUACAAAUCCUUCUCUGUGCCUCAGCCGCUUUACAGGAGAUCUCUGCAGUUUUAGUAAACAUAUACUGUGAUUUUCGGUGAUCGGUGUGUUUUUCCUCCGUGUUUCCUUUAUGCACCAUCUACCUUCAAAAUCAGUUUUGUAUUUGUGUACAUUUAGGAUGUUAAGUAUCGUUUAAAUAAAUAUAUUAUAUUAAGCAGCUGGUA